AUAGGAAGUGUGAUAUUUUAUUCUGCUAUACUGAUGCUAGUGUAUCGAGCUUCAUGUUCGCCGAUUGUAAAGUGGACUAUGGAUAAUAAUAUCUUUCUGUUUGUGGAGUGUGGAAAAGAGUAAAAUCUUUAAAACAUGUAGCCUUUAAUCUCAGGAACCUGUUGUUGGAGACAGCAACUCAAACUGAACAGGUCUUGAAAUUUUGCAAUAAUAUUUUCUAAACCACAAUUAUCUUGGUUCAAACUGAGCAGGUCUUGAAAUUUUGCAAUAAUAUUUUCUAAACAACCAUUUUCUUGAGGGACACAUAUAUGUAGGAAUGAAAAAUGUUUUCAUUCAACGAUUAUGAAAAAUGAAAUAAUAUCAAGUAUUUUGAUCAAAACAGAUGUGUGAAAGAUGAAACUUGUUGUUUACCUAAUGUGAAAACAAAUUUAAUAACUGCCAUUGUGGACAAAGCAAAUAUGUUACUACAUAAAAUGGAGUAAUAUUUAAAAUUACUUUGGUGAUACUAUUUUCUAAACAAUUCUUCAUAAGACAAUGCUUUUCAACAUGUGUAAAGUGGAAUUUGUUGUGUUUCAGUUGUGAAAAAAAAGAAAUAAUAUUAGUUUCUGGUCUUUUGGACAAAGCAAAUAUAUCUGAAUUGGUACUACAGAGAUUUUAAUAAAGAUAUCCUAUUAUUCAUUAUUCAUUUGCAAUUCACUGGAUUUAAAAAUUGAAGAUGUCUUCCAUUUCCACCAGUCCUGAACCAGAGUGCAGAAUCCCUGGUCCUCACGAAAUUGAGGAGGAAAUUGCAAAUUUUGUUGAAAGCUUUAAGCAAAAGAGCUCCUACCUCGAUCGGAGGUCCAGUUUGGAAUCCAGUGACACAAGUUGUACUGGAACCUCUGGCUGGACUAGUUCUGCAUACUCGACUACAGACGAUACCCAGACAUCAACGACAAAUAGUCCUGACAAGGAAGAAGGGGCGAAGGGGUUUGAUCCUGAUACCCUGCACAAACGGAAUGGGAUUAUAGCCGAGAGUCGGAGAAUAAGUGAAUGGGCAUGGCUGACGAGCAAAGAAAGUUUUGAUUACACGGAACCCGACAGCUUACGUGGAGGAGUUACCUCUGAGAACAGUGCGGGUGAAUCUAGUGAUGUGAUGGGUGAAUCCUGCCAGGGAUUUGGCGUGCUGGAUGUGGCCAAACUUCUUCAAGCCAGAUUUGUCUGCCUUUCAGGUGGUAAAGCUCUGAAUGGUGCGGCUAUUCUCACCUUCCCUGAUUGUCCACAACUGCCGGAAGUACCGGAUGAGGACUACCGGAAAGUCGUUACUUACCUAUGCAGCAUUCCUCAACUACAGAACAGUGACGCUGGGUUUGUCAUUGUGAUAGAUCGGAGAAAUGACAGCUGGUCAUCGGUCAAAGCCAUUCUUCUUAAAAUCAGGGGUUUUUUCCCAUACCACAUCCAAGUGGUCUUCCUCCUACAGCCCAAAGGCUUCUUUCAGAGAGCGUUUGCCGACUUCAGGUCAAAGUUCGUCAAGGAGGAGCUGGAAUUUAAGGUCAUACUUUGUGACUCGCCAGUGGCCAUGUUGGAUUAUGUUGACCCCAGUCAGCUGAACUAUGACGUGGGUGGAGCCAUCGAUUAUGAUCCUAACGAAUGGACACAGAAUCGAGCAGCUAUAGAGAAGUUUGAGUCGAACAUUAACACAAUCUCAGCCACCAUCACGGCAAUGGUGAAGAAACUGGAGGAGGCUGAUCUGCCCAACGAUGUGGCGGGGACCGAGGCGCUCAUACGCAACCACAUUCAGGAGCGCAAGGAGCUCCAUGACGACCUCAACAGCGCCACCGAGCAUGGUCUCACCAUACUCAAGUGUAUCAGGGGAGACAACUUGGAUGUGCCUCUAGUCCAAAUGAUCCAUGUUGCAGAACUGGAAAGACUUCUUGCUCAACUGGAAAAAACAAAAAAGAAAUUUGCUGAGUUUUGGCGAGCACAUGAACUGAAAUUGAGGCAGUGUUUAAAGCUGAGACAGUUCGAAGAAGAAUUUAAAUUGAUUCAGUUUAACCUCGGACGCCGUGUGGAAGAGUUGGAACAGAAAAUGCAGGAGACUGGAGACUGUCUGUCACAAGUGGAAACUCACGUCACCGAGUUCCAGACUUUUCAAACUACAGCCGAGAGGGACCUGACCCUGGCCGAGAACAUGCGUUCAAGCGGGGAACAGCUGAUAGCCGAUGAGCACUAUGCGGUCGACUGCAUUCGACCCAAGUGCAUGGAGCUGCAGCGCAUGUGUGAACAGUAUAAAGAGUUGCUACGGCGACGCAACGAAAUCCUCAUCAAGUCGCAGGAUCUUCAUGAUAGACUGGAAAAGGCUAACCGGUGGUGUAACCGUGGCGUUGACAUGUUGGCCAAUCAGCCGAUAGAACAGUGUCAGACCCAGGUGGGGGCGGACAAGGCGUUGCGGGAGAUUGAACACUUCCUGGGUACAGUUCGCGAUCUCAAGCUGAGCAACCCGCGGGAAUUCCAUCAAGCCUUUGACGGCAUGAUGACCACAGAAACACGGGCCGUGGUACAGCAGGUGCUGAAGCGGAUUGAGGACGUUCAGAAGAUGUGUGAGAAGAGAAAGGAAAGUCUGCGCAGUCUGGCGUCCAAACCAUCGCGGUCACGCCCCGUGCAGCACGUGCUCCCCGAACCCAUGCCACCACAGACGCCGGCCUCGACGGGUUACAAUGGCUUCGACCAGACUGACCUUGACCCCGAGGUCAGGAGGAAGGUGUUACUAGAAAACAAUAAAAGAAGUCCCCUUUCGCUGGAGAAAUCGGCUAGACACCGCGUGUUUGACAAGUCGGACAUCCAGCACCCGAUCCACAUCAACUCGCCUGCCUACAGCAGCAGUGCCAGCAGCAACAGCAGCCUCGCCCACAUGUCAGAUAUCUCCAUGGCAACGGACUCAAACACACAGCGCAGUUCAUACUCCUCCAUGUCAUCUUCAUCCCUGCCGGAGAUUGACACCCUGCAGACCAAACGCAGACAUGUUAUGAAUGAGCUGAUCGAAACGGAAACAACCUAUGUGAGGGAACUUGAAGAAAUAUACACUGGAUAUUAUUUGGAAAUGAACAACCGAUCCAUGCAGCAUUUAAUUCCACCCGAAUUAGAAGGAAAGAAAAAUAUUCUGUUUGGAAACUUAGAGCAAAUUUAUAAGUUUCAUAAAGAUGAUUUUCUUCAAGAAUUACAAAACUGCCGAGAGGUUCCAGCUAAAGUUGGUCGUUGUUUUAUCAACAGAAAAGAAGAAUUCCAGUGGUACAGUGUGUACUGUCAAAACAAACCAAAGUCCGAAGCUCUGAGAACGAAGAUUGGUGACAGUAACCCGUUCUUCAAGGAGUGUCAAAGAAGGCUUGGUCACAAAUUACCCCUCGGAGCUUUCUUACUGAAACCAAUUCAGAGAAUCACCAAAUACCAGCUACUACUCAAGGAGAUGUUGCGGUUCACAGGAGAAGACCGUGAAUUGGAGAGUCAGCUACAGGAGGCUGUCGACACGAUGCUGGGAGUCUUACGCUACCUCAAUGACAGCAUGCACCAGGUGUCCAUCGUCGGAUACAGUGAAAAUCUUUCUGAUCUUGGCCGUCUACUGAUGCAUGGCAGUUUCAGUGUUUGGACGGAACACAAGAAGGACCGGAUCCGGGACCUGCGGUUCAAGGCCAUGCACCGGCACAUGUUCCUGUACGAACGCUCGCUGCUGCUGUGCAAGAAGAAGGAAGAUAACCAGAACUCGGAUGGUGCUAGUUACGCCUUCAAGAAAAAACUUAAACUCUCGCAGGUGGGCCUCACAGAAAAUAUCAAGGGAGACAAGAAGAAAUUUGAGUUAUGGCUACGAGGUCGUGAAGAGGUGUACACCAUUCAGGCCCCAAGUCUUGAAGUGAAGGAUGCCUGGGUAAAGGAAAUAAAGAAGGUUUUGUUGAACCAGUUUGAUGAUAUAAAAGUUGUACAUACAACAACAAAUCCCAUAUCAGAGGAGCACUUAUCAAGUCACAUGAUGUCCCAGAAUAACUCCAUUAAAAGCAUUGACAACUGGAGGUCUCAGCACUCUCUCAACAACAACACGACGGUUCCGAUCGGUCUGGGUAUGGUGUCGCCCAUCGACUCCCCCUCCAGUCCCACCCAGGCAGUCGAUUACGGGGAUGACGAGGGAUGGUCCAGUGGGGAGUUCUCCAACACGGAUGAGGAUGAAUGCCCUGAUCAGUAUAUUCCUAAAAUAGAGCCAGCAUUCAGAGAACAUUUUGUGUCGCUAGGUGACUACGUACCUGUUGACAGCAAUGAACUUGGUUUUGCUGAAGGUGAUGUGUUGGAAAUUCUACGUGUCGGGACAAAUGGUUGGUGGUACGCAAAACAUUUAUCAAACUAUGAAGAAGGCUGGGUUCCGUCGACUUACCUCGAAUCUGCUUCACAGCGGGUUUCUCCUUCAAUAUCCAGUUCAGCUGUAGACGAACUCACAGCAGAUGGGGAAGAGGGAAUCAUUUCAUGCACUAACGAUUCCCCUCUAGUGCCUAAGGGGGAGGAGGGGAUCAAGUCUCCUGAGGAGGCGACUCCUACGGUUGACCUCGCUCCUGACCCCAGCUCCUGACGGUGGAGAAUCGUUUGGCGGCAGGGACUACUACCACAGCCGAGCUAGUUUGGCCAGCACGAGCACCACCAACAGUCCAGAGGAGACAACUGUCUGAAAUAAAAUGUCAUUGUCAGAUCGGUUUUCUUGUGAAGACCAUUCAGAACCGUCAUUGCUACAACUGCAGUCGUCUGAUCCUUGAGCAUUCAGUGAUGUUUUGCUAUGAAAACAAGACAGUUAUCCUCAUCUUGAUCAAUUGCUGUCUGUCUACAUUAUUGUUAUGGGAAUAAGAAUUUUCACAAGUGUCAUGGCUGCCUCCAAGCAUCUGCACCUUGAGCAUUCACUGGCGUUUUGCCAUGGAAACGAGAGUUUUCAGAAAAUGAUAACUUUAUCUUGGUGAAUUGCUGUCUGCCAGGAUCUGAAUCACAGAGAACUGGAAUGUCUGUAAACAUUAUUGUUAUGGGAAUAAGAAUUUUCACAGGAUGUGAUCAUCAUUUCAGAGAAGCUCAAACAUGCACUGUUGAUGUCGUCAAGAAAGGAUUGCUUGGGAUCUACAAUUUAAUCUGACCAGAACUGAAACAAACAAUGUCCUGCAGACAUGAUGAAAACGUACUAUGAACAUUUGUUACUUUGAUGUUAAAAGUAGGAUACAGCAAUCUCAAGGCAUGACAUGAAAUAUUCUGGAGAAUAUUUCAAGAAGUCUGGUCAUCUCAAUAUUUAUAGACAUUCUUUUAAUUCUUCCUAGGACAUAUUAAAUAAUCAUGUGGAAACAAUAACCUUUUAGCCAGAAUGUAUAGUCAGUUCAAGCAUUUAAAUAUUUCUUUGAAAAUAACCAACAAAGCUUAAGUUGAUCAUUCUUAGACAUAACCAACAUGAAGAAUGAUGUAUGACCUUUCAUCUCUUACCUCAGUAUGAUUUGGAUGAGUUUGUGGGCAGCAUCAAUAACUGGUCUCUUCAUCAGAUACUGUUUGUUUAAAUGCUGCUGCCAUGGAAAGAAAAAACUAUACAACCUUUUUGAUGUCAUUUCAUUGCACUUUGGAUAAGUUUUUGGGUAAUAUUGAUAUUUGGCCAUCUGCAUGGAAAUCCAGGAAGAUCAGAAGCUGUCUCAGUACUCUUCUGCCAUUGAAAAGAUAUAUAUGACCUUUUUAUCUCUUACUUCGGUUAACUUGGAUGACUAUGUGGAUCACAUUGAUUGUUUGUCAUCUUCAGAGAUAUUCAAGAAGAUCAGAUGCUGUUUCUAUAGAGAUUCUACUGUCAUAGAAAGACGUGUUUUGACUCUUCAGUCUAGCUGUUAUUUUACAUCAUCUUUGGGUGAUUAUUGAAUAAACAUUUCAGUACAUGGUAAUCUCCAUAGUUACCUGACAGAUGGCCAAUGAAAACUGAUUGGUAGUUCCUGUAGACGUCACUGCCAUGCUGUGUAUUCAGGACAUAAGCUAGUCAUGGAUUUGUUCCUGUCAUUUUGCUCCCCCAACUUCUAUAUGUCUUGGGGUCUUAUAGUUUGUCUGUGUGUUUGUCUUUCAGUACUCUUGUGAUCGAUUCUUAGUUUUAAUAAUGUGUACAGAUGUUCUGCCAACAUAAGAUGUAUACAUUCUUUUAUAUAAUAAUUCAGAAACUUGCAACUUAUUGACUUUCAGUAUGACUCUGAGAAUAACAAAGCAGUGAUUCGAAAAGAAAUUCACAUGAUCUGUGUAUUUGUGUAUUAUAUUAUGGAAAUGCAAACAAUAUACAAUACACAAUCCAACAGCAAAGUCAAAUAAAUGUCUGUGUAUCUAUACUGCAAUCACUGUAUACAAAUAUAUUGGCAGAUAAUGAUCAUUAGAUACAUUUCUGUAUUUUCGGACACUGACCAAAAAUAGAGCUUUUUGGAAUUAGUUAUGACCAGCAAAGGAAUAGUGUAUUGUUAAGUGUAGGUACUUAUUAUUUUAUUUCCAGUUGGUGGGUUUGGUUUUUCAAAAACAUUUUGUAGACAAUAUUUGUUUUAAAAAUAAGAAAUAAACUGUUGUUAUUUAAGAAUUAUUUUGUGUUGGUGUAUAGAUAUUGUAGUUGAUAAGGCAUUCAACAUGCAUAAGCUUACUACUCAACAAAAUAGUAAAGUUAAAUUGUGUAAUAAAAUGGUUAAUUUCAUUAAUAUUUCGAAGUAUAUAGGAUUGCAGGAUAAAUAACAUAGCCAGUUACUAUAGGUUGUCAGUUGAGUUUAUUGUUGUGUUCUAAAUUGUCCAAACUUAUCCCUUAUUUUCAUCUCUGCUAGUUUUAUCUGUAUACAUAUAUUUUUUACUGUUUUCAUUUUAAUGAAAAUACCAAAUCAUGAAUUAUUUUCACAGAUGUUUGUUUUUAAUGUCAGUUUAUAAUGGCUGUUAUGGUGUUUUGCCAAUGCAAUUUUUUACAGAAGCCAAACUAGAGCUAAGAAUUGCUUGGUGUAUAGACAAAUUAAGACUACAGUUGGCCGUCUACAUUGCGUAAUCAUGCAAUUAAUGAUUUUUAGAUUGCUUUGAAAUUUGUUUUAAAAAUAUUUUUAAGGAUAACAGUUACUGAUCAGUUGUAUUUAUCAUAGCUGUGAUAAGUGAUUUAUUGAUCAGCUGGUAAAUGGUGUACUUUUCAACUGUUAAAUGAUGUAUUUACAUUUCAGAUUGAAAUAGCCUGCCAUGCAGCUAGUCUCAUGUGUUGAGGUUUUAGGAUUGUGAAAUAUUUUAGAGUCAAUGUGACUCAGAAUUUAAAAUUGGGAAUCAUGUAUAUUUACUACCAAAAUUCAGAAACAGUAUAUAUAUAUAUAUAUAUAUUCAGUACAUGUAUCAUAACAUGUUCAAGAGGUCCCUUUCUAGAAUUAUCAUUACCCCCUCCCUCCAUCCCGUAUUGGAAAUCCUAGAUCCACUCUUGUAUUUAUCACCUGGUCAACAUUAGCUAUAAAUAUUACUUCUGCCAUAAUAAUCAGAUGAAAAUGCUUAAACAUAUUUUAAUGAUUGUGUUACCUAUAUAUGAGAAUCUCGUGAUGUUUAUUUAUUAACCACAUUUUGUACAGGUAUAUGUUACAAAUAGUACCCUGUGUUUGUGUUGCCACAGUAAUAAUGGUCUGAUUCCUUUUUACCUUGGAUUUGGUGCACUGUGUGAACAGAGCACGUUAUAUUUACCUCAGUUCUUAUGCAACCUACUUUACAUUCCAUCUUCGUUAUGUUCUCCUUGUCAAAACAAAACGGAACUACUUGAGUGAUCGCUACUACGUUGACCACUCAUAAUCGUAGUAAUAUAAAUGUUCAGUGUUCGUGGCUUUUAAUACUUUUAUCUAAUCAUGUAUAAGAAGUAUUUGUGAGAACUUAGAAAUCCGUUGUCAGCUGCUUGCUCUUUUUAGUAUACACCUGGAAAUUAAUUUACCACCACCUGAAUUUAUAUUGCAGCCAAAAUGGUGCCUAGAAGUACGCGUAGUUGUCGGUACCAACAUGGUUUAAAUAUGAUAUUAAGAGCUUUUGCAUAUUCUGUAUCUUCUGAGUAUGUACCGAAAUGAUGUGAAUAAAUUACUCAAGAGAAGCACAUCUGUGUGAUUGCAGCUCCAUAGUUAAUUACCACACCAUAUAUUUUCAUGUGAAUUAAUGGAGUCUAUCUUUUACCCUAGAAUACAUUAAAUAUUGGUCUAAUGACAGCUAGUGAAUGUCAUCACAGGUGUACUUAAUCUAAAAAGGGGGCGGGAUGUAGGUCAGUGGUAAAGCGCUCGUUUGAUGCAUGGUGAGUUUGAGAUUGAUCCCCAUCAGUGGGACUAUUGAGCUAUUUCUUGCUGGUAUAUGUAAGGCUGUGGUAUGUG